UUCCUUUCCUUCUUCCCGAACACUCUCUUCAAAUAGCUGAGAAAGAUAGCUAUCUAGCUAGCUAGCUUCUUUCUUCUUGAAAUAACAUUUUCUUGGUUUCAUUUUCAGGGUUUAUCCUGAGUUUUGACAUGAUAUACAAAGUCUCAAAUGGGGUUUCAGAUUUCAGCCCAUUUAAUGGAACAAACUAAUAAAUGUUUGAGCUUUGAGCCAUUAGAAAAUAGGGUAACUACGAGAACAGCUGGUUCUGAUGGGAAAAAUGGGUUUCUGAGUAUUGACCAAAAGGGACUGUCAUUGAACUUAUAUCGCGAGGAUGAUGAAAACAAUAAGAACUCUGGUGCUGCUUUUGGUUGCAAAAAUGGACGCAUUAAGCUUUGUUCAAGAGGCCAUUGGAGACCAGCUGAAGAUGCGAAGCUAAUGGAGCUUGUAACUUAUUAUGGUCCUCAAAAUUGGAAGUUGAUAGCUCAACAUCUCCAAGGAAGAUCAGGGAAGAGUUGCAGAUUAAGAUGGUUUAACCAGCUUGAUCCGAGAAUUAACAAGAGAAAUUUCACCGAGGAAGAAGAGGAAAGCUUGUUGGCUGCGCAUAGGCUAUGUGGUAACAAAUGGGCAAUGAUUGUUAGGCUUUUCAGUGGCAGAACUGAUAAUGCAGUGAAGAACCAUUGGCAUGUGAUCAUGGCUAGGAAAUAUAGAGAGAAAUCAAGAAUUUGCAAAAUGAAAAGCCCUUCUUCUUUUGCCUCUAAAGGCUCGGAUUUGAAUGGUCUAAAUGGUGUUUGCGGUGGCAGUGAUCAACCAACCAUUUCUGGCAACAUUGAUGCAUCAGCUAAAGCUUCCUCAAGAUGUACAUUGUUUGAUUAUGUUGUGACCAGGAGAACUGGGGAUGUGGUUUACGAACAAGGGUUGAUGGGAGUAGACCGACAGGCUAACUCAACAGACUCGAAACUGGAAGUAUCGGCAGCUGAGUCAGUGGGAACGAAUUGGAGCAACCAUUCCAUUUCUGGGGAAAGUUGUGGAAAUGGGAAGAUUAAUAAGAUGCCCUUCAUUGAUAUCCUUGGUGUUGGAGAUGCUCCUUAA